AUGCCCUCUGCCACGAGCAUCUUCGACCAGACCAUCACAAACUGGGGUCCCCUCCCCACGGCCUACAACCUCCCCGUCUCCUGCGCCUCCUCCACCACUUGGGUCCUCGCGCACACGCUCCGACCUGAAGUCCCGCUCUGGCACGACUGCGCCAGCGAAACACAGCUAUGCCUACCAAGCCCAACGGACCCUAGCGCGCUGGAAACCCUCAUUGAGGCAAAUGAAAUUCCCGGCGAUGGAUAUCUCGGUGCAUAUUACUCGCCAGGCGCUUCUUGCCCUGGGGGCUGGAAGACGGUCGGUGCUGCGACGCGCGGCGAAAGGACGAUUUCGCGGUCUGGGUUCCUUGCUACUGCUACCGGCACUACGGCUACGGCGGAUGAGGACUGGGUGCGUCCGAUGUUUUAUAAUAACGAUGAGGCGAUUGUUCAUCUGUUGGAUGUUGGCGAGAUGGCGGUUUGGUGUUGUCCUGAAUCCAUGACAGCCUUACUUGAGGAUGGAGCAUGCUACUCCACACUCCCCAGUUUCAGGCCCUCCACGGCGUGCCGAACGUUCUUCACAAGAGCAGACGUCGCCACCUACACGAUCGGGUUCCCAGGUGAAGAUGGACAGACCACGGAUGGCGAACUGUAUGUGAUAACCGCUAUGACGACUGGGACGGUGGAGACGACGACUCUUUCUCGCGGAGAGGCAACGGAUUGGAUUGCAUACUCGCAGCAGCCGGCACUUCGGUUUGUACAAGGAGUGUCGGUAUCGAUUGAUAGCGGGGAGGGAAGCGUUGACUCUGGGGGUGACUCUGGUGUGGACGACAGGGCGGAUCCCAGUGAGUCGAGCAGUGCGGGUAAGUUUGGAGGGGCUUUGGGGAGCUUGGUUGCGUCUGUUGCUUUGGGAGCUGCGCUUGCCCUCGUUCGGUAG